UGUUAGCAAACUGUUCUCAAGCGUUUCAAAGCUUAUAGGCGUAACUCACUUAUUUUUAGCCGAACAUGUUUUAACAGCAAUUGUUUUCAAUUAGCAAUCUUAUGUUUGCCAACAGCAUUAAAUUCUCACAUUCAAGUUUUGUUUUCACUCGCAAUCAGUCAGUUGGAGAAGUUGGUGAAGAUGCCGCGCUUGCGCAAUUAUUCUAAACCUACAAUUUUUGGCAUCAUUAGUUGGUUGAUAUUGGUUGUUCACAUAUUUUCGCCAGUCGAUGCCUGCCAUAACAGUCAAGAGUGUUACACACCGCAAAACUAUAAGGGAUAUUAUUAUACACCUGAGGAAUUUCUAACCCUUACUGAUAGGCAGAAGUCCAAUUGCGAGGGUAAUUGUGUUGAUAAAAACGUGACGCUGAUUUGUUGCACUUUCAAUACUCAACCACAAAAAUAUCGCUUACUAUAUCAAUCAUGCUUAGACGCUCAUUUACCCUAUGGAUUUAUUACAUUUGGCGAAGUGGCCAAAGUAAAUGAGUUUCCAUUUAUGGCUGCUUUGGGCUGGCGUUUCACCAAAGAGGAUGGUACAGAGAGCAUAGCUUAUAGGUGUGGUGGAACUUUGAUCAGCAGCAGAUAUCUACUAACAGCGGCCCACUGCUUCUAUCAUUCCAGUGACCUUCCAGUUGUGGUGCGUCCAGGUGGUUUCGACCUAAAUAGCACCAGAGCGAUUGAUUAUGAUAUCGACCAGAUUAUUGAGCAUCCCAACUACAUAUAUCCUGGUCUAUACAAUGACAUAGCAAUCGUUCGUAUGGCAAAAGCAUAUAUUAACUACACGCCGAUUGUUGCUCGAGCGUGCGUGUGGUAUAGCCCACUGGCCGAGCAGGAAGUCACUGCCAUAGGCUACGGCAAUACGCAGUUUGCCGGUACCUCUUCGCCACUUCUAUUGAAAACUAGUUUAUCAACCAUAUCCAAUGAGGAGUGUAAUCAACAUUAUGAACAGGAUGAUGAAGUGCUCAGCUCGGGUGUAAUCUCUACACAAUUAUGCGCAAAAGAUUAUGAAAAGCUGCGUGAUACUUGUCAGGGAGAUUCUGGCGGUCCUUUGAUCGUGUAUGAAAAAAUCGACGGUUACUCUCGUAUGGCUUAUAUUGUGGGCAUUACGUCGUUUGGCAUUGGCUGCGGCACCGGUUUUCCGGGCAUUUACACGCGUAUUUCUGAUUAUUUUGAUUGGAUUGAGGAAACGAUUUUUAAAUAA